AGUGGUUUCAAUUCUUAACAACUCAACCCCACAAAACCUUCAAAAUAUAAAUACUGCCGAACAAUCAGCGUUCUUCCCAUGGCGCACAGAAGACGGAACGGACCUCCAAGAGAAAUGGGCAAUGAUUAUCAGCAACAAUAAAGAUGACUCAAUUGUUCUACGCACGCAAGAGGCGCUUCGCGAAAAUUUGGGAUUUAAAACAAGCAUUACGGAACAAUUGGACUCUGUCUUUGAAACUAUGCAAGGAGAGCAGAGUAACGUUGGUUGCUUUUUGGCUGUCUUUUAUGCUUCGCUGUCUUUGAACAAAGAGACGAAUGAGAUUUGCGUUUGCGUUGGAAACGAUAGCAUAAAAAUUGGUGACCUUGUCUACAAGUUCCUAGGACCAGAAAAUAGAAUGUGGAUUGGGAGGCCAAAGCUUUUCUUCUUCGUGCAUCCAACAAUAGAUUCGGACAAUAUUUCAACGGCAUUAAGUGACAAUAUUUGAUUAUGUUAAAUAAAUUACUUACUUUAAAAUAAAUUCUUUGUAUAUUUUCAAAUCGCACUAUAGAAACGAAUUUAACUACGGUUUCUGCGUUUUUCAUUCCAUUUAUAUUGCUCUCAUAGAAACUUUUUAUCCGCCUGCAUAAGUCUAGAAAAUUAUUGAUUUUUAAUCCAAUCUAAAAUGACAUAUUAAAAUAUGGAACAUAUGACUUUUUUCAGUUAAUAUUGUGCUUUCUUCAUUCUGUUUUCAGGUUGAAAAGUUCAAUUUACCGGGCACUAAUCAUAGUGGAAGCUUUAUUUACAUAUUAAAUAGCAAAGAUUCUGCUGAGAAAUUGAUACAUCUUUUUGAGAACUCCAAGUUCAAAAACAGAACGUCUAUUCAGGAGCUGGCCCUCGACCUCCUAGAUAGGAUGGAUCCCGACAAUAGUGAGAACGUUACUAAUCAAAUCGUGUCCACGCUUCCUUUCCUAGUAGAUGUGCCCAACCACCCAAUAACUUUCGUUGCGCCUGCAGUGACAGUUACCUUAAAUAAUACAUCAUCAAUUGACGAAGAAACAGACAAUCACACUGAAGUACUCGCAAGUUCAAGUGCAAUCGGACGAAAUCGAUCUAAGUUUUCUGAAAGGCAAGAACCAAACGAGAAAAAUUUGACAUUUGACGAACUGAAAAAAGAGAUGAAGCAACAGUUGCUGAGCUCUGGAGAGCAAGAUUACUGCGUGUGGCUUUUCUCGUCGCUGCCCGGUUCGGGAAAGUCAACGAUUCUCCUAGAAAUUGCUAGUUGUCUAAACAGGGAGCAAGCGGGCAAAAAAAUCAUCAACAUCCAACUGCAACAACAUUACGGGUAUUUUUACAGAGAACGGGACACUAGCACUAAUAUUGUGAAUUUACUAUACCAAUCAAAUGAAAUGAGCCACAAUGAUGCGAAAAAAUUAGCGCAAGAGAGGAAAUCAAUUGUGUUUCUGGACGGUUUCGAUGAAAUUUGCCCACGUUUCCGAGAAAACGUGAUGACGAUAAUUAAAGAUGCGACUGAAAAGAAGAUUCCACUGGUGAUCGCAACAAGGCCUGAGGAAGAAGAGACCCUUUUAAAGUCACUAGACUUGCUAUCAACGAGGAAGAUUGUAAUUAAACCCCUCGAGAGGAAUGAACAACUCAAACUACUUAUGAAUUUAGGAAAAAACAAAGAGGAUUGUGAAAAACUCUUUAAACUCUUCGAAACGUGUGGUGCUACUGAUAUUCUCAGGAAUCCGUUUCAUUUGACUUUAAUAAGCGACAUGGAACUCGAAUCAGUUCAGGGAAUAUUUGGUAUCUACGAGGUGGUAAUUAAAAAGAAGGUUACAGACGCGUUGCAAACUUCGAAGGAAAGCAGAACACCAAAAGACUUCGUGGUUGACAAGCGAAUUCAACUUUUGCAGGAAAUCUCACUAAGAUUUCUUUUAAAUGAUGGCUCAAUUCCUUUUCCAACUGAAAUCGAUUUAAUCAACAACACUGGCGUCGCAUCAAUGGAAGAAGGGAAAAUACGAUUUGUUCACCAAACUUUUGCUGAAUUUCUCGUUGCCCAGCGCUUUAUUCAAGAAAUAGAAUUCGAAUCAGCGUCUUCGAUUCCAAUAUUCAAAAACGCCAACUUAAGGCAGUGCCGCGUUUUCAUAAACAGUUAUAUUUCUCAGAAUACCACUUUUAGUGACAAUUUGAGCAUUUUCUUCGAUCAAAGCCAAAAUGUUGACAUUCAUAGCAUUUUGCGUGAACAACUUGAUCACAUUCUUCAUGAGUUGAAACCUAAUCUGAAAAACCUGCUCAAUAGCGGUGAUAUAAAAAAACGGGAUACAAACGGGAAUACGCUUCUUCUUUUGGCAGCUCGAUUUUCAAGCAAAGAAAUUUGUAAAAUUUUCGUUGAAAACGGCGCUGAUUUGAGUGCGGAGGACAAUGACGGAGACGACGCUUUUCAUUUGGCCUGCUUCGAAGAGAAAUUGGAAAAUGCCAAGUAUUUGCUGGGGUUAAAUGGCUUCAGCGUAGAAAAGAAAGGCCGGUAUGGAAGAACGGCUCUGCAUUGGGCUGCUUGUAAAGGUCACGUCGCAGUGGCCGAAUUUCUUCUUUCAAUAGGAGUAAACGUCACAGCUCGUGACGAUAAUAAUGACACGCCUCUCACUUUGGCAGCUCAAUUGUCAAGUGAAGAAAUGUGUCGAUUCUUGGUGGAAAAUGGCGCUGAUUUGAGUGCAGUGAACAAAUUUGGGAACGAUGCUUUGCAUUUUGCCUGCAUUAGAGGAAAAUUGGAAAAUGUCAAGUAUUUGUUGGGAUUAAAUGGCUUCAGCGUUGAAAAGAAAGGAUGGAACGGAAGAUCGGCUCUUCAUCGUGCUGCUGAAAAAGGUCACGUCGCAGUGGCCAAAUUUCUUCUUUCAAGAGGAGCAAACGUCAACGCUCGUGAUGAUGAAAAAAGCACGCCUCUCAAUUUGGCAGCUCAAUAUUCAAGCGAAGAAAUGUGUCAAUUCUUGGUGGCAAACGGCGCUGAUAUGAGUGCGGUGGACAAAUACGGACAGACGACUCUUUGCAUUUGGCCUGCAUCAAUGUGAAAUUGGAAAAUACAAAAUAUUUGCUGGGAUUAAAUGGCUUCAGCGUUGAAAAGAAAGGCCAGUACGGAUGGACGGCUCUUCAUUGGGCUGCUGGAAAAGGUCACGUCGCAGAGUGGCCAAGUUUUCUUUCAAGAGGAGCAAACGUCAACGCU